GAGAGGAAACAGCCGGGGAGUAGUCAAACAGUCCGCGGUUAGAGAGAAAGAGCGGAGAAAAACCAGAGAAGACCGACAACCCGUGUUCAGCUGGGGUUUCUGCUUCUCAAAUCAACUAUGCUCGUCUCUCCGCCGUCGCUUCAUCUCAGGUGUCCGCUUCCCGGUCGCUGAAUGGCGCUGGUUACCGUGCAGCGAUCACCGACCCCCAGCACCAGCUCCAGCCCUUGUGUUUCGGAGUCCGGUAGUGGGGAGGAUGACCGCCGCUCUCAGCCGAGGAGCAUUAGUGAAAGUUUCCUGACAGUUAAAGGGGCUGCUCUCUUCUUACCUCGAGGAAAUGGCUCCUCUCCUUCGUCUGCCUCUCGCUUCUCACAGCUGCGCAGCAAACAUGCAGGGGACAUCCAACAGCAUCUGCAAACCAUGUUCACUCUCCUCAGACCAGAGGACAACAUCAAACUGGCGGUGCGUUUGGAGAGCGCACACACUCAGAUCACCCGCUACAUGGUGGUGGUCUCAACCAAUGGUCGUCAAGACACAGAGGAGAGUGUGGUGCUGGGAAUGGAUUUCAGUCCUGUAGAUAGUUCAUGUUCUGUAGGGAUGGUUUUGCCCUUGUGGAGCGACACAUUAAUACAUCUGGAUGGAGAUGGGGGUUUCAGUGUGUCAACUGAUAACACAGUGCACGUGUUCAAGCCGGUUUCUGUGCAGGCCAUGUGGUCGGCCCUCCAGUCCCUCCAUAAGGCCUGCGAGGUGGCUCGUUGUCACAACUACUUCCCAGGCAGCUUGUUCCUCACCUGGGUCUGCUACUAUCAAAGCAGGGUGUACUCGGACCAGGCCCGCAUCAACGAGUGGAACGCCAUGCAGGAUGUGCAGUCGCACCGUGCAGAUUCACCCGUGCUCUUCUCCGACGCACCCACGGAAAGAGAGCUGACUGAGCGUCAGAUCAAAAACAGUUUGAGGGAGAUCAUGAUGCAGAAAGAUCUUGAGAAUGUCACAAGCAAAGAGAUCCGAACAGAGCUGGAGAUGCACAUGACAUGCAACCUGCGAGAGUUCAAGGAGUACAUCGACAAUGAGAUGAUCGUCAUUCUGGGCCAGAUGGACAGUCCUACGGAGAUCUUUGAUCACGUCUUCUUGGGAUCUGAGUGGAAUGCAUCCAAUUUGGAGGAGCUGCAGAAGAGCGGGGUUCAGUACAUCUUGAAUGUAACCAGGGAGAUUGAUAACUUCUUCCCCGGUGUGUUUGAGUACCACAACAUCCGUGUGUAUGAUGAGGAGGCCACUGACCUUCUUGCCUAUUGGAAUGAAACCUUCAAGUUUAUAACUAGAGCCAAGAAAGCCGGUUCCAAGUGUUUGGUGCACUGUAAGAUGGGCGUCAGUCGCUCUGCAGCUACAGUGAUCGCGUACGCCAUGAAGGAGCACGGAUGGGACCUGAAGAAAGCUUUUGAUUUCGUCAAGGAGCGUCGAACUGUGACCAAACCUAACCCUUCCUUUAUGAGACAGCUGGAGGAGUAUCAGGGCAUACUGCUGGCCAGUAAGCAGAGGCACAACAAACUGUGGCGUUCUCACUCUGACAGCGACCUGUCUGAUAACCAUGAGCCGCUCUCUAAAUCUCACGCACAACCGCUCAGCCUGGGCCGCUUAGGCCCCCACAACCAGGCCGGCAGCGAGCCUGGCCCCUCUGUGAGAGAACUGCUGGAUUCACUGGGAACCUCGGCUAAGACUGGCAAAGCAACACACUCCACCAGCCAGCCUGACACUGGCAUCCACUCCAAGCUCAGCUCCUCAUCCUUUGGGGGGAUGGCAGCUAUAAAAGGCAAUGCUGAAGCUCAAAGGCUGGAGGCUCCUUCUCAUUCUGCUGUUAUCCAAAUCAGCCAAUCAGACCCCCCCUGUCCCGAACCCACAGCUGGCUCUGUGUCUCCGUUAUCUCCUCCGCUCUCCAACGGUGUGUCUGACUCUGAGGAGCAGCCCUCAUCGCCUCCUCUCUCCGAGCCAAGGGCCGCCACGGUGGUGCCGGAGCCUCUCAAGACUGACAUGGUGGCAGAGACUGUUUUAGCUGGCCAGCCUCACCCACCUCCCUCCUUCCAAGACCUCCCCCUCUCCCCUGCUCCAUCUCCAACUCCAGUCUGCAUGGAUGAGGUUAUCAAACCGCAGCUGUUGUCCUGCUCUCUGCCUGUGGUAAAACCCAUGCUAGUGUCCGUGCCUGAGCCCAUGACAACACAAACACCGAGCACACAACAGGCUGAACCCCAGAGUCUGCCUGCACCAGUGCCUGUCCCAAAAACAGACUGUGACCAACAGAUGUGUAGCUUGUCUUUGGACAGUUUACCAGCACAUCCUCCCUCCACUAGUCAUUUAAUCAGCUACCACGGUGCCAUUCCACAAGACGGCGAGUUGCUGUUCGGCCACAGCGCAGAUCACAUUAACUUUUUCAGUGCCAGAGAAAAGUUCAAGGGAAUGAGUCAAGAUGAUAAAACUCAGUGUGCCGCAGUGCAGCAGUUGCCCCAGCAGAAGAGUUGUGGCAAGGAACAACAACCACUGCCUGGUGAGGGGAAGAUUGAAGAGAAAAGAAAGGAAAUGUCCGUCCCUGUGCACACGGUCACAGAUCUGAAGCCUGCAGAGCACUCAGAGUCUGAGGGCCCCCAGGACCAGGAUGUGAAGAAGUCUGAGCCGGAAAUUAAGGAUGAAGAUGUUUCAUCACAAAAGGAAGCUGAGCAUGUUAAAGAGGAAGUGAAAAACAAAGAAGAAGAGGAGGAGGCGGCCCCUGCUCGUCUGUACAGUGAUUGGACGAGGGGCUCCGUGCGGCGCGUCACACGACAGCUGGAGCAAAGAAUGAAACAGGAUCAUGAGACUUCGUCGCCCUCCUCAUCUCCUCCGUCCCUCUCUGGCAGCUCCUCCUGCUCUCAGCAGCGUCCACACAGUGUCCAUAAUGUGACAAUGUCCAAUACCCAGGAUGCAUCAGCUGGCUCACAGCUGUCAAGCCGGGUGCAAGGAGAUGAGGAUGCAUUUAGACCAGUUAAAAGGGACAGUGGUAAUUUAGUUGAAAUGAGGGCACUAGGAAAUAAUGACGUAAGCACAAAAGGACACAAACUCCACCCUUCUGAAAGAUUGCUCUCUACCUCUUCUUCUUUCCACCGCUCUGCCCACUCUCCCUUCGCCUCUGUCAACUUCCUGUGUUUGGAGGGCGUGACAGAGUUGGAGUCAGCCACAGACUGGGACUGUUUUACAGAGGGACCUCAUUGUGACAUUAUCAUGAGGGAGACUUGGGAGACUCUGUGUGAGCUGGGUGCCUUCCUGCAGCAGGUGAGCAAGGAGGGAGGCUGCAAGACCCGCUGCGUGGACCAGCUGUUCGGCCUCAGCGCCGGAACCACCCAGAAACGAGGUGUAGGCAACCAGAAGAGGGUCAAAGAGGUGGAGGCAAGGAUUCGCCAGGCGGGACUGACCCCUCCAUCCCUGAUGAAGCGCUCGGCCUCUCUGGCCAAACUGGGUUGUCUAGAGCUGCUGGCCAACGACCUGAGUGAGUGGGAGAUCAGCCGCUCGUCCGUAGCCCCGUCCUCCGCAGAGCCCGAGACCCACACAACCAGCGAUGAGUCCAAGAAGCAGCGUGUCCACAACUCGUCUUCCUCAGCCGAACAGCAGACGGAAGACAUUGAGACUGGAGAGGAGAGGCUUUCUGAAGCUGGAGAAACCUCACCAGGAGUCUCUCCACAAUCCAGUCCGCAGAAAGGAGAACUGCCUAACGCUGACCAAGUCUCUCCCGACUCACAUGGGCUGUCACUCACGGCAACAAGGCAGCAGUAUGGAAGGACUCACCCCCUGAAUCAGCUCAAGAAAAGAACUAGUACUGUUUACCAUACCAUGUAACCCUCACUGUGUCCGUCUCUGUGUGUGUGUUUGUAUGUGUGUGUGUUUGUGUGUGCGAGAGCGAGAGGGAUUAUGCACACCUGUGAGAAAUAGUAAUCAAGUGCAUAAAUGUUGGAUUUAUUCAGUAAAACAAACCAAUGCCUCUUGCCUUAAAGGAUAUGAUCACAUUUGUCUGUACAUUUUUCUCUGCAGAUCUGCUGAGGGCCUCUGUGAUAUCUGACAUAUGAGACUUUUCUCAGUGCAAGAACAGUGACAAGGCUAUGAAGGGUCCGGUCAAUUGGUAAUAAAACUUGAGUCAAAUUGGAAGAAGCGCUUUGAUGUGUAAACACGUUCAAAAACAGUCAUCAAAAUAAAUAUCUUGUUUCAAUUGUUAUAUACCUGAGCCUGCACAUAUUCACUCCCUUCACCAUUGCUGGUUCCUGAUCGCUGUUGUUUUUUUGGAUUGUCCGACCUGGUGUUAGGUGGAAUGUAGUUUAUUUUCUUUCCUCUUUCCUUGUGCUUCUCUGCAUCAGUUUUUGCUAUUUGUGCUGGGUAACUGCCAAACAAAUGAUACAGCCAGUACAAUCUGACGGUAAAUAAUGUACUCUACAUCAAUCUAAGGCUAUAACACACUUCUCAAGUUUGGCAGAAAAACUGUUUUAAUGACAAUACCAAGCAAGGUCAAUUCUGCUCUCUAGGGACUGAUUAUUAACAUGGGUUGUGCUAACAGCUGCACAUCUAAGCACAAAGAGCUCAAGUCGACCCAAAGACACAGGAACAUCAACAGAAAAUGACUGCAUAGUUGUUUUUAUGAAAAAAAGAGGCAUGCUUUUUUUUUUUAUAUAUAUUUAUAUUUGUUUUGACUAUAGAAUACCUCAGUAAGUCUGAACCAUAUCUCACCUUAAUGAACGUCAGACUCUGGAUUCCUGGAAUGUUUCCGACUCAGAAACAAUUUCCACUUCACUGCUCGAGGUGAAGUACUCUCGUCUCUCUUACGUCCUUUCUCAGUUCUGAUGCCACUCAAACAAGACAUGUUAUGUAUGUGUUACUGUGUGGGAGAAGGGUAGUUUAGGGGCUGGGGGCUGAAAGCAGAGUGUAUAUUUGUGAGGUUUCUGCGAUGUUCUCUUUGGGAUGUAAAGGUCUAUAUUGUGAGUGUUGACAAUUGUAGGAACUGUACAUGUUUUUAUAUCUGGUUUGUGACUGUGUAUGAGUGCGACUGUGCAGCACAAUUUGACUAUGUGGGUGUGUACUUUAUUUGUUUUUAAUUCAUCUCUUUUGUACACAUUUUAGGAGUGUGCCUGUGACUGGCAAAUGAGGCUUCUCUGCAGUCUAUCAAAAUGUCUGUACAGGGAGGUCUGUCAUACAUGCACUUUACUCCCUUUUUCUUUUUAAUGUGGCUUUUUUUUUUUUAAAUGUAUGGUUGCUACUUUUGGGGAGCAUGCUUAGGUAGUAGCAGCUGUUGGGUAUGGGUGUCUAUUGUCAAAAACUGAGUUUUUCAUUUGUUUUAUUUUAAACUAUCAGUGUAAAUAUUCUUUUAUAUCAUGUGCUCCAACUGUGACCAUUAAACAAUGGAAAGUAUUGAG